AUGGGACACCAUAACAUUAAAUUUUCGGGCGACCCGUACUCGGACAGCGGGGUCUGGGGCGCUUCCACUAGUCGCGCUAAUUUCUGCGAAGAAGACUACGCCGUGACGUUCUACCUCGCCGAGUUCAUCAAUGCACUCAGCAAUUAUGCUUACAUCCAUCUCGCCCUCCGCGCAAUCUACCCCCCGCCCACGAAACCCCAACCUCUCCUCACCCGCCUCCUAAACCCCAAACCCGACUUUAUGUCCCUCUCCCUCCUAAUCCUCGGCAUCGGCUCCUUUCUCUUCCACGCCACCCUCCGCCAAACCCUCGAAUUCGUCGACGAGUUCUCCAUGCUCGGCCUAACCUGGUCCAUGCUCCAAGCCUCCCUCACCGCCCGGCAGUCCCCCACCCGCGCCCGCGCCAUCAGUAUCGCACUGGCCGUGGCCUAUUUCUCCUUCUCGGCUUUCUACCUCUGGUCGGGGAAGAUUAUCUACCAGGUUUUUGCCUUCGUCGGUGCGUUGCUGGGGGUGUUGGCGCGCAGUCAGUGGACGUUUCAUUUUAUGCGGCCCGCGCUGCCGGAAAUAGAGAGUCGGGAUUGGAAUUGGCGGACGUGGAAGGCGUUGGGGUGGUGUUUGGUUGGGUAUGGGCUGUGGUCGGUGGAUUUGGAGUUUUGUGCAGAGUUGAGGGCGGUGAAGGCCGCGUUGGGUCUGCCGUGGGCUUGGGGGUUGGAGUUACAUGGGUGGUGGCAUGUGUUGACGGCUGUUGGGGCUGCUCAGGCGAUGCAGGUGGCGAGGGAGGUGAGGGAGUUUGGGGAGAGGGAGAGAGAGCGCGCUGCCAAGGAUAAAUAG